AUGCGGUUGGGUGAAAAGGAACCGGCUACCGUAAAUGGUAGCAUAGGACAGAGCUCGACUACCCUAGCUGAUCUGUCCAAUGUUCCAGAGAAUCCCGCCACGGUAUCUCCCCAGUCUCUCGCCACGCGAUGUGCCGAAUUCUUUUCAACUCCUUUCACGGCCGCAUUCUGCGCUGGGGGCGUGGCUGGUGCUGUAUCUCGGACGGUCGUUUCGCCGCUGGAGCGCUUGAAGAUCCUGUAUCAAAUCCAAGACGCUGGCCGCAGUGAAUAUAAAAUGUCGAUCGCCAAGGCUCUGAGAAAAAUGUACCGAGACGAGGGUUGGCGAGGGUUUAUGAGGGGGAAUGGCACCAACUGCGUUCGAAUUGUCCCUUACUCGGCUGUACAGUUUGGAGCUUAUAACAUUUACAAACGCUUUGCGGAGAGUUCACCUGGUGCAGACCUCGAUCCUUUACGGAGAUUAGUAUGUGGCGGUCUAGCUGGCAUCACAUCCGUGACCUGCACUUAUCCCCUCGAUAUCGUCCGAACACGCUUGUCCAUACAGUCAGCCUCAUUUGCAUCAUUAGGAAAACAUGAAGGCAAGCUUCCGGGCAUGUGGCAAACCAUGGUCACCAUGUACAAAACAGAAGGUGGCGUACUCGGUCUUUAUCGUGGCAUCAUACCCACGGUGGCCGGGGUUGCUCCCUACGUCGGACUCAAUUUCAUGGUCUAUGAGUCUGUCAGGGAUUAUUUUACCGAGCCUGGAGAGAAAAAUCCUGUUUGGUACCGAAAGCUGGCAGCUGGUGCCAUUUCAGGAGCCGUUGCGCAAACAUGCACAUAUCCUUUUGAUGUAUUACGACGUCGAUUCCAGAUCAAUACCAUGUCCGGCAUGGGUUACCAGUACAAAUCGAUAGGGGACGCCAUCGCCACCAUUGUCCGUCAAGAAGGCAUCGCAGGUCUCUACAAGGGUCUUGUACCCAAUCUUCUCAAAGUCGCUCCAAGCAUGGCAAGCAGUUGGUUGAGCUUCGAGAUGGCUAGAGAUUUCCUUGUCAGCUUGAAUCCUCAGGAGCCCGACCCUAUUUAA